AUGGCGCUCUUCAAACAGUACGACGACUUCCUCCUCAACAACGCCUCGCAAAUCACCGCCGUUGAGAGCUCGCUUCGAUCCAUCACUUACUUUCUACCAGGUCGAUUCAAGGAUGCCGAACUUGCAGGUGAAGCCAUUUAUGCAUCGCUCAACCUGCUCGGUCUCUACCACGACUCGAUCCUAGCUCGAGCGCUCGAGAAGCAGAAUCCGCUCGCCAUUACCAGCAGCAACGCUUCGGAAAAGCAGGGCUUUCAAUCCAGCCUCGCGCCGCUGGAACCAUCACAGCGCGGAAGCGCCCUCACCGGCCUCACGCCUUCCGAACAUGCCAGAUAUACUCAGCACUUUUCGCGCAACUCCAAGAGCUACAACCGUGUAGCCAGGACGCUGGUCGUGGUGGGAUACUUGGAGCUGGUUGCAGAGAUGGUGGCCAGGAGGAAGCUCGGACGGAGGAAGGCGUGGGAUGUCGUGGCUGCUAUCGAAGGCUUGAAGGUGGUACUGCGUCUCAGUCUGGUACAGAUAACAGGGUCGAGGAUGGCGAUCAACCCUCCCAUUCCGGAACGCGAAGUCGACCCAGCCGCAUUGGAGCAGGAACGAGUCAAGACCAUGGGCAAGCUCGCCGAUCGCCUCGACACCGCCGCAGCAUCCUCGAGCUCAAGCCUCUCGCUAUCGAGCGCAGAACAACCACCCAAGGGCUACUGGAAGGGAUCGCGCACUGGGCUAUUGCGGCCGACACUCGCUUCCCUUCGACCGGGAUACGACCAACUCGAAGAUGAGCCGCUGCCAUCCACCGCAGAACUCGAUCGUCGACCACCUCACUUGCGCGCUUUGCGCAUCAACGCAGCUCAAUCCGGUUCCGACACCGAUGACACGCUCGUCGACUCGACCCGACUCAACGCAUCCAGUACGCUCACACGGACACCCAAUGGACAAGAUGCCGUGUCCCCAGUCGCACGCAAGGAUCCACCCUCGCCGCCAAUUCACAUGAAGCCGUGGUCGGAAUCGCAGAUCAACGACUACCUCCUCUCGCGCGUCCUCACGGUGAACGACGUGCGUAAGCCUGAAGACCUCGUGCGCCCACUCCGCAAUCGCACCGGUCACCUCGCCGAAGUGCUCUGGAUCCUGCGUCCCUUCCUCUACGUCCUCGCCCUGCGCCGAUAUGGUCGACGCGCCACACUUCCCUUCGCACUCUCGUUCGCCCUCGAGUACCUUGCCAAGGAGCUCCGCGGGCGCUCCUUCGCGCCCGCCACUCCUGGCCCCAAAAACCUGUUCGCCACCAACCCCCUAAUGGCGGCUCUGAUGGGUCAGAACCCGCUCACCUCGAUCCUCGCCUCGGUCUUCAUGGGCGCCAACCCAGCCGACAAGGCCAAACGCCCCAUCUCGUCCGUCGAAGACUCGGAAUGGGCCAAACGAGGCAACGCCUUCUGGUGGUAUCUGCUUCGAGGUCCGCUCUGGUACUCCUUCACCCGUCCUAGACUCACAAAUCUGGUCAACAGAACCCAGGGCAAGUUCUUGAUCGGUAUGGUCGGCGGCGUACUCAGCGACUACCUCCCCCUCAUCGACGAGUACUACUACUACUCGGCAACCUAG